AUGUCUAACGCGUGGCCCCCGGGGCCAACCGGAACCGGAAGGGUCCGGUACCGUGGCGGUACGGCACCGCCCAUCAAUCAAUCCCACCGUCCGCUAUCAACGGUGACCGUGCAGUUGCUGGUGGUGGUAACACUUGCAGUGACAACUGCCCUCCUAUCAACUGGCGCGGAUGGAUCGACCGUACCGGCGACAAAGGCCGGAGAGCACGAUUAUUCCGGGGCCAUACAGGACCUUGAAAUGGGCUGCAUCAACCGUUGCCCCGAUCAGAAUCAAACGAGCUUUACCGAACACAUCGACGCUAGCUGUGGAAACGAUUGCUACAUUAAGCAGUGUACGAUUGGCUGCCGGCAGUGGGAGCUUGCGCUCGAGUCCAGCUGUCAGCGUGCGUGUGUAAGUAUCACCUUAUCUAUUAUACCGCAGCGGCACUAGUUGACUUACGGGAACAUAAUACUUGUAAUCUUCGAACCACCUCACGCGCACAUGCAGAACGUCAGCGAUCAGGAGCUGUUGGAGGCACGGGAAUGGUCCUGCAUUGCGGGAUGCAACGACGGAUUGAGCCGGUACUUUCGGUGGCUAAAGGCGGAGAUCGGUACACCGCAUGCGCCGGCCCUUGUCGCCGACAGUCUUACCGCGACGGCACUCGCCCUGGAAUGGGAAAUCCCGGAGCGUCUGGUACGGCUGGCACGGCAUCGCAACCGGGGCCCACGCAGCUAUCUCGUCCAGUGGCGUUACGAGGAGGUGGCCGGUGACUGGAAGUACUACCGGAAUCAGAGCAUGGGUGACAGUUCGACCGUGCGCGUGGACAACCUGCAGCCGUACACCAAGUACCGGUUUCGCGUAGCGUUGUUGCUGUCGCCCCACCACGACCAGGUCCUGACGUCUGAGCAGAGCGUCAUUAUCAGCACGCUACCGUCCGGUGUGCCAACCUCCGAACCCACCAUCGUCCGUGCGGUUGCAGUAGAUCACUCGCGCAUAUCCAUCUCCUGGGAACCGGGCCCAUUCCCGAACGGUCCCGUACUGUCAUACGUACUGCAAAUUAAGGACCUGCACCCGAUCGGCUACAGUGCCCUCAAGGAAAUCCCGGAAUCGAAUACGUCUCGCCAUUACAUGUUCGAGAAGCUGGAACCGGAGCGUAACUAUUCGGUUUCGGUUGCGAUGAGCAAUCCCGCUGGUGAAGGUCCGGCAUCGGUGACACUCGUUGCCACACCACCCAAACCUACCGGCCACGAGGAGGCGCCACUGCCAACGCUCAUUCUCGGUGCGGAACGUUCCAUCCUGGCGCAGAGCUCACUGACCCUGUUCUCCGAUCCCCCGACCAACGUGUACGCCAGCGUCGACCACAAGAUUCGUGGCACAGCAACACACAUCCGGCGCGGGUUACUGUUCGUGUCGGACGACGCCGGUUACAUCUAUCGGGCUCCAUCGCGUCCUGGUGCCGAGAAGGCGCGGGUCGCCAUACUGGUUCCCGGUGCCGCCAACAACUUCCGCCCGACGCUGCUGUCUGUCGAUUGGCUGAACGAGCAUCUGUAUGUGCUGGGACAGGCGCGCCCGACGAAGCUGUGGCAGAUUGCGUACUGUGAUUUCAGCGGUGGCCACCUAACAGUGGCGAUCGCGGGUCUUCAACGUCGGCCGGACCAUUUCGCAGUCGAUCCGUUCAAUGGGUACCUCUUCUGGGUUGUUGGUGGUACCGGACCCGACACAGGACUGUUUCGGCUCGAUCUGGGUGACAUCUCGAACGGUGUGCGUCACGAAAUCCGACCCCUGCAGAUGGUGAGCGGGCGCAAUCUCGGUGCGUUUACGCUAGAUCAUGCCAACUUUCGAGUGUUGCUCGCUGAUCAAGGCAAUAACACGGUGUUGGCGGUAUCGUUCGAUGGUAGCAAGCAGGAAGACAUCCGCAACAACACACAACAGCCACGGUUCGAGCGCGUCAAAUCGUUGGCGCGUGCGAAUGGGCUGUUUUACUGGACGAACGGUACCGAGGUGUUUGCCGAGGACUAUCAUCGGCUGCACAACAGCUACUACCAUAACGCAUUCCCAAUAGCGGCCAACAAUACGUACUUCAGCAUCAGUGUUAACCUGACAGCGGAACAGCCAAUCCCGGUGCCCGUGAAUCCACCGCGCAACCUGCAAGCCCUUGCCUCGCCGGAUAAGCUUAAGGUGUCCUGGGACGUGCCGUAUCUGCUCGGGGUGAAAGGGCGAGGUGCGUGGCAGAGCUGGAGCUACCUGGUGGAGAUUAGUGACGAGCAGCUGGACAGCGUUCUGCACGUCGCUACGGUCAAUGGUACGAGCUACGCCUGCGACAUCGCCGGCCGGCUACUCCCGAACCGGGUGUAUACAGUGCGAGCGGCCGCCUUUACCGCGGCAGGCCGUGGACCGUGGAGUCGGGAGUUCCGCGUACGGACGCUGCGCCCGGAAAGUCAGCACCAUCUGGUGUGGGCCAGCACGGACGGUAUCGUGCGCAGCGACGUGAUCGGUGAGCACGUGUCCACGCUCAUACCACGCUCAGCCGAGCUGGACGGUGCGGCCGUAACGAGCCUCGCUUGGCACGCCCGCACACUGUACGUGGUGAGCAACUCCACGCUACGAUUAUACCGCGAGCCGAGCGCUCCCGGCGGCGAGUGGACAAAGCUGCGCGAGCUCGAAUCGGUCGAGUGUGUGGCGAUCGAUUGGAUCGGCGAACGACUGUACUACUCGAAUCCGGCCCAGCAGCUGAUCGUACGGUCAGGAUUGCUCGGUGAACAGCCCGAACCAAUACACAGCGUGAUGAACGUGCGUGAGAUACGAUUCGAUGCGUACCGCGGCUACAUCUACUGCUCGUCCGGACUCAUACUAGAGGCGUUCCGUCUGAACGGCAAAAGCCGUGUGCAGUACUUCAGCGAGAAACUCUUCACCGGCAAACAGAUCAUCGGCAUGACCCUGGACCACGAUGGGCAACGGUUGUUCUGGAUCGUGCGCAGCUACUCACACUCCCAUCUCUACUGGGCACCGCUCGCUGGGAGUCCAGCCGCUGCCAGUGGCGGUGGGACCGGAUCCGGCACGCUUCCUUCGCUGCCACUCACCGACCAGACGCCUCAAGGCCCACUGCUGCACUUCAGCGAUCGGUUGCUGUGGCUGAAGGAAAGCCAGGUUGUAGUCGGUGAUGUGAAGGGUGAAAAUUUGGCUUACAUUCGCAACCACCAUCUGAACGGUACGCGGGCACUAGCACUAAUCGAUCCGACACCGAAAGCGCCCUCGAUCAACGUGCUGCCUGCGAGUGUGAAUGCGAGUACGAUUCGCGUCACCGGUGACUGGCGACGUUUUAACAUCAGCUGGACACCGGUCGAGAACGUCAACUACAGCACCGUAUUUUACAAGCUCACGCUUAAGCUACCGGACGCACGGGACAUUGUGCAGGAGCUAACUGUCCCGUUCUUCACGUACGGUGCCGCUGGUGAUGAUGAUGGUGGUGACGAUAAUGAAGCAGCUGGUGUGGAGCAUGGGCCGAUCGCACCGUAUACACCGAUUGAUAUUACGCUGCACGCCUUCACCUACUGGCGAUCGUCGGGUUUUUCAAGUGUGCGACGACACACACCGGCAGGCAAACCAUCGGUACCGGUUGCACCUCGUGCGUACAUUCAACAUCACUACCUACCCGGCACACACGAGCUGAGCACCGGCAUUGUCUACCGCUGGUCACCACCGGCCGAGCCGAAUGGACCAAUCGUAGCCUAUCGUGUCGAUUGUUGGUCUAGCUACGACGAGACGAAACGACGGGUGUUGCUGGACGGUGUGGAGGUGCGCAACAGACGCACAGAGCUACUAAUACCCGAAGCGGUACACCCGAACAUGACCUACUACCUGCAGGUGCGUGUGUGCAAUGUCGACCACAACGGGGAUCCGAGCGAGAUACGUUCGAUUGGGUUGCGCGACGGUCGUCCACUGCCGCUACUGUACGUUGCUACCCAUGAGCAGAUACUGCUGCUGGAUCUCGAUCUGCGCGAAAGUACUCCGAUCGUAGCGACACCCAUACCAGCCAAACACAUCGCCGAACUACGCCACGAGCGUAAGCUAUUCUGGGUGAACGAUAGGAAUGAGCUGUUCAUGCACGACGACGCGGAUGGUAAGCGUAAGCUGGCGCAGGUUCUGGGUAAUGUUACCGCACUCACCGUCGACUGGGUCUCACGUACCGUGUACGCUCGUACGCACACAUCUUCCGGCAAUGGCAGCACACUGCACGCGUACGAUCUGAACCGAUACGAGAGCGGUGGCUCGGAGCCGCACCAACGCACGUUCAGUCUACCCGCAGAACCGAUCACGAUCGAUCUGUUGCAGUUCUUGCCGGAUGUGGCGGAGCUACUGGCUAUGUCACGCACGUCCCGUACCGGUUACCUUAUCUCGCUCGAUGAGCCGGACCGAGAACCGGUCGCCUUCAACUGUGCCGCAGCGACCGUAGACGAACGGAUACAACGGGUCUGUGAUGAGCAUGGGCACGAAAUGAACGACAACAGACCGCGCGACACCGUGCAGGACGAGGGCUAUCUGUAUUGGAUCGGUGCGAAUGGGGCAGUGAAUGUGCGAGCCCGCGUUGAUCCACCAACCACGGCUGCGGAAGAGUUUCCGAUAGCAGGAGCUGUCGCCUUGCUGCCAGUGCAGCAACAGCAGCGCUAUCCUCCCGAGCGCUGUCUCGUCCCGGUCGUACACCACAUCCAGUAUCUGCCUGAGCUGUAUAACAGCACCGAGAACUCGAUCACGUUGCGCCUGCCCGAACCGGAACGGCACGCCGACUGUAGCCGACGACCACCGGCAGUACGGUAUCGCAUUAUGUACCAGCUGGAGCAUGAACCAACAGCCGACAUAUACGUGGACUACUCGUACGAGAUGAGCCGGACGAUAGGGAACCUGCGGCCGUACACUAGCUACCGGUUUGGCAUCUCCCUCAGCAACCACUAUCUCGCAGCGAGCGGUACGCUCACCGAACGGUUGCUCGUCAUUGCGGCGACGACCGAAACGCCGAAGCAUCACAUGCCGGCCGUGUUUAGAACGGCUGACGGACCACCGUCGCGCCCCGAAGACAUCAAGGCCUUCCCGAUCAGCCCAACCGAGGCGUUCGUCAGCUGGUUGCCAUCGCGCCAGAAGUACAGCCACAAUGUGUCGUACGAGAUAUGGCGUGCGGAGCUGGACGAGCACAAAACCCGACAACAGCAGCGUGUUUCCGAUUUUAAAAUGCACGACGCAUUCAUGACGGCGGAGAUUUUGAAACUGCAGCCGAACCAGACGUACAUUAUAUGGGUGCGGGCGUUCUCCACGUUUCACGCGUUUAGCGAUAGCGAGAAGGUCCAGAUACAGACGUUCCCGGAGCCAACCGACGUAAAGCAGCUAGGACUGAACUCGACAUUUAUUCGGCUGCACUGGACUCCUCCUGCCAACUGUUCCAACUACCAGAUUCAGUACUCCGUCGCUGGACAGAACGUCUGGACUACGAUGUACGAUUCGACAGCGCAGUCAACCAUUUCGAACCACUGUGAAUACAAGCUGAAUGAGCUGUUGCCGAAGACUAAAUAUCGGUUCAAGAUGCUGCUGUACUAUCAACACCGAAGGGAACCGUACCAGUGGCCGAACGGUCGUGAGAUACUGUUCGAGACGAAGGCAGACAAACCGUCCGCUCCCGGUCGGCCAACGGUGACGAAGCUGCGGCAGGAUGUGUACAAGGUUAGCUGGGAGCCGGCAAAGGAUAAUGGUGCCACCAUAGAGGAGUACGCCCUGCAGGCACUCGUAACCCAGUCGAAGCGGGCCGCGCGUUUGGUGAUGCCACCGGCGGAAGUGAACGCACUGGUGGUUGGCACAAACGGUACCAGCGAUACCGAAUCGUUUACCGAGGUAGAAACGUAUGACGAACAUUGGAGCCAGGUGUACAACGGUACGGACGUGUACUGGAUCAUCCCGGAACGGCAUGCCAUCCAGGGUAGCCUGUUUCGGGUGCGGGCACGUAACUCGUACGGUUGGGGCCCGUUCAGCGAUGAAAGCCGGGCAACCAGCGGAAAACUGCUAGUGCAGCGCACCUUCAUCUACAUCGGAACCUUCGUCUUCACCGUUACCGGGAUCAUACUGUUCGUCUCAGUGCUGGUAGUACUGGUGUUACGUGCAAUACAUCGCAUGAAGAAGAUGAACCAGGCUAAUGCACGACUUUCCGAUGUUGAGCUGGCCAACUUGCGAGAGCUUCCACGGCGUGGUAACUUCGUUCAAACCACCAACAUCCUGUACAGUUCGGGCUCGAUGACAGACUCGGAAAUAGCGCUGUUGCCCCGUAUACGUCUCGACCAGAUCUUUAUGGCAAGUUCCUCGCUGCUGGGCAGUGGAGCAUUCGGAGAAGUAUAUGAGGGUGUUGUGAAGGGCGUCGACGGCGAGGCGGAAACACGGGUGGCAAUAAAGACUCUCAAAAAAGGUGCAAAAAUGCACGAGAAGCAAGAGUUCCUGCAAGAAGCACAGCUGAUGAGUAACUUCAAGCACAAGCACAUUACGCGCCUGCUCGGUGUGUGCCUCGAGGCGGACGCGCUACUCAUCAUCAUGGAGCUGAUGCAAGGGGGCGAUCUGUUGAGCUAUCUGCGCCGCAGCAGGUCCCUCCCGGGUCAGGCCGCCCGGUUGACGAUGCUCGAUCUGAUCUCGAUGUGCCAGGACGUGGCGUCCGGUUGCCGGUAUCUGGAGGAGAUGCACUUCGUGCACCGCGAUUUGGCGUGCCGCAACUGUCUGGUGUCGUCGACGGAUCCGCGCGAUCGCGUGGUAAAGAUUGGAGACUUUGGGUUGGCGCGAGAUAUCUACAAGAACGACUACUACCGGAAGGAGGGUGAAGGUUUGCUGCCGGUACGGUGGAUGUCGCCGGAAAGUCUGGUAGACGGUGUGUUCACAUCACAGUCGGACAUCUGGGCUUUCGGGGUGCUUCUGUGGGAAAUUAUGACGCUGGGUGAGCAACCGUAUCAGGCGAAGAAUAACGUCGAGGUGCUGAACCAUGUGCGCGAGGGUGGCCAUCUCGAUCGACCGAAGGUGUGCCCGAACGAGAUGUACGAGCUCAUGCAGUACUGCUGGAGAUUCUCGCCGGAUGAACGACCCACGUUCCGAUACUGUUUGGAGGUGUUGAGAACACUGCGUGAAAAUACUAGCGAGGAUACGCAGAUCAUCGCACCGUUCCCGGCAAAACUGCAGCAAGAGGCCGUAUCCAACCCGGCAUACCUGGGGUCCGAAAGUGGCCAGAUCUCCCCACUGUCAGGCUCAUUGCGCUACGGUGGAAACGAUGUCGGAAUGAUCGCCACACCGCCGACAUCCAGCAGCGGUAGCAGCGGUGCAACUGGAUGUCCCGGACCAAACACCCCGAAGUACUUGGAGCUGGUUUACGAGAACAGUGGCGACCAGGACCAGCCGGACGGUUUCAGCGUACCGCCGGACCGUGCCAGCCCGAUACCAGCGAUGCCCACCGACAAUGGCUAUGAGAUACCGAUCACCGACACCCGUGGACAGUUCGUCGAGGCAAGCAGCAGCAACAGCCUGCCACGCCAAGCGAACCUCGGCCUACCGAACCUGCCGAUGCUCAUACCGAACCUCUCGGUCCUGCUGCCGGAUAGUGCGGACGCCAGCCGAGACUGCCAUCCGCAGAUGGAAUCGGACACGCCGGAUUCUGCUACCAGCAGUAUUAUUAUCGAACGCGAGGAACGACAGGCAAAGAGCUGA